AGCAGUCCUCUCCACCUGAGCUGCAAGAACGGCAACGUGUGGAUCAGUAACCUGCUGGUCCUGCUUGGCUCAGAUGUGAAUGCGAGGGAUAAGAACGGCUGCACGCCGCUGUCCCUCGCCUCCUUCAACGGCAGCCAGGAAAUCGUUCGCUGCCUCCUGGAUCACAGAGCGAAUGUAGGAGCAGCCGACUCAGACAACCUCACGGCCCUGCACUGGGCGAGCGCUCGAGGCCACCGAGGCAUCGUCGAGCUCCUACUCCAGCACAGCCCGGACAUG